AUGAAGUGGUUUAAGAAGCAAUAUAACAAGAUGUCUACACUUAUGCGUAACAACUCUGGCUUUGGGUGGGACUCAAUUGCAAAGACGUUCACUGCUAGUGAUGAAGUAUGGAAAGAUUACUUGAAGAUUGUCGUUGGGGGUGGAACUGCUACUAGGAAUGGCUCCAUUGCAUUGGGCCCUGAUAAUACUGAUGCAACAACUUAUGGGGAAGAAAAUAGAGAUUUCAAGAUAGAAGACUUUUCAUAUAAUCCUACAAUGAUGCGUUCAUAG